AUGAGCACCUUCGGAAGUCCAGGCCCGUUGCCGUCAACAAGGCCCACCCCGCCGCAAAGAGGAAGCUUCCCCCUAGACCACGACGCAAAUGCCAAAGACUCCAUUGCUUGGGGCACCCGUAUCGUUGGAGGCGUGACGCCUGGCCGUACUGCAGAGCACCUUGGUCUUCCAGUGCUUCCUACGGUUCGAUCGGCGGUGGAACAGCUAAAGCCGGAUGCCACGGCCAUCUACGUGGCGGCCCACCAAGCCGCGGCUGCAAUUGAAGAGGCAAUAGAAGCCGAAGUCCCUCUCAUCGUAGCCGUCGCGGAACACAUCCCCCUGCAUGAUAUGCUUCGAUUCAAGGUCCAUUCCAUGCUAAAAUUGCAAUCCAAGUCUCGCCUUGUUGGCCCCAACUCGCCUGGGUUUCAACCGCUGCCGUGCUUUACGCCCGGUAGAGUAGGGAUCGUUGCAAAAUCCGGGACCCUGAGUUAUGAAGCAGUGGCGUCAACCACGCGGGCAGGCCUUGGGCAGAGCUUGUGCAUUGGUGUGGGUGGCGACAUCGUCCCCGGUACCAAUCUCCAAGAGGCCCUGAGCGUUCUUGAACAUGACCCGGACACAGACGCCAUUGCCUUGAUCGGUGAAAUUGGAGGUAGAGGUGAAUUUGACGUCGCCGAUUGGCCCGUGGCUGCCUUGGUUGCAGGUAUCGCCGAGGAGCCCGGCCGCAUCAUGGGCCACGCCGGUGCCUUCACCACUGUCGGGGAACCGAACGCAAACGCCAAGAUAACCGCGCUUGAAUCUGCAGGAGCGACGGUAGUCGGCCAUCCAGCAGAGUUUGGCGACGCCCUGAAAGCAAGGCUGGAGGCUAGAGCUGCAGCCUCUGGACUGGGGCCAGGAGGAGGAGGUGGCGUUCGGUCGCUUGGGGGGACUCAGCGCCGCCAGUUUCAUACCGUUGCCCACAGACCCCGGCACAGAGAGAAACCAAAGUCGCUCUUCCGCCAACAACAACGGAGGCAUCUUUAUAUCUCCGAGGACCAAUGCAUGGACCUCCUCCGGCAAACCGGCAAAAUCAACUGCGAUACAGCGGCCUCCGGUGCUCAAAAGCUGUUGGGUAUCAGUAUUGAUCGUACGGCACGAUCCCCUUGUAUCAUCGCUUCGCCGACCGCCGAGGAGACCAGCCUGAACGAAUCCGUGGAACGCUAUCCCUUCGAUUACGGGAGCGACCUUGAUGCGCUCGUCAUCGAGCAGGUGGCAAGGCAUUUGCAGCUAAGUCCAGGCGAAAGCGGCGUGAAAUCUCUUCGCCAUCUUCUCAAGGCCUUGACAGCCAUCUUUUACGACAAGGAAGCAUUCUUCCUAUCCACGUCUAUAGUGGAAAACUCGGGCGAGCUUAUGGUCGUGGGUGCACGCUUCGGCUUCGACGACGCUGCAUACCGCAGCUGCGGCCGGCAAGCCGAGUUACAACAACUGCGGAAUAUCGCCGCAGAGGACCCGUGUGAGAUUGAGGCGGAGAAAAACUGCAUCGUUUACAUUAAGCUCAAGGGACCCGGGACAAUCGGCACCCUUGUCAACGGCGCAGGGUUGGCCAUGAACACUGUUGAUGCGCUUGCCGGGCACGCCGCCAAUUUCCUCGACACCGGGGGCAAGGCCACGUCCCAGACGGUAAAGCAGAGCUUCGAGAUUAUUCUGCGAGACCCGAGGGUCCGCGUGAUUUUUGUCAAUAUCUUUGGCGGGCUAACCCUCGGCGAUAUGAUUGCCAGGGGUAUCAUCAUGGCCUUUAAGGAGUUGUCUCCCAGCGUCCCUGUUGUUGUACGCAUCAGGGGGACAAAUGAGAGAAAAGGUCAAAGGCUUAUCUCUGAAAGUGGCUUGCCGCUGUACGCAUUCGAUGAUUUCGAGGCGGCGGCGGCUAAGGCAAUCGAACUGUCGAAAGAUGCCUGA